AGAAGAGCCAGCAACAUCCCUACUAUUAAUUUAUAUUACAAUACAGGAAAACACAAUGAAAGGAAUUCACUCUCUGGCUGGACUGCUGCUGUGGUUUAUUGUCCAAGGCAGCUGGCAGAUCCCUCUUCAGGAAAGAGAGGAUAAACCCAGGGUUUUGAAAAUCAGAGAAGCUGAACCAACUGAUGAAGCCAGAGAGCUAUCACAUGUCAAACGUCACUCACAAGGCAUGUUCACCAAUGAUUACAGCAAAUAUCUGGAAGAAAAACUUGCUCAGGAGUUUGUGAAGUGGUUAAAGAAUGGUAAAUCUAAAAGGAGUGGGGAAAUCACAAAACGACAUGCUGAUGGUACCUACACCAGUGAUGCCAGCUCCUUCCUGCAGGAGCAGGCUGCCAGAGACUUUAUUUCUUGGCUGAAGAAAGGGCAGGGCAGAAGAGAUGUCUCACUGGAAAGCAGUGUGGCUGAAGAAUUGCGUAAAAGACAUGGAGACGGAAGCUUCACACACGACAUGACGACAGCUCUAGACAGCAUUGCUGCAAAAGAGUUCCUAAACUGGCUCAUGAACUCCAAACCUCCAGAGACAAGCAGUCAUUUAGUGAGUAUCAGUUAAUGAGGAAAUACCAUUGGCUGGGAACAUGCUUCAGAACUGAAAAUUCUUCAAAAUCUGUGUUCUACAAUUGACAUGUGAUCCCACUUAAGCCAUGCGUUAUGAAUGCUGUGCAAUAACUAAAAUUCUACUGUGUCAAGAUUGUAAAAGGAAACAAAUAAGAUCUCAAUGUAUACACUAUAACUACACCUCAUUAACUCUGCAGUGUAUCAAAGGCGAAAAGCAAUACUGGCUACCUUCUUUCUAAUGUAGGGUCGCAAAAUAAAGUGCAGAGAUGUCAGAGACAAUCAAUCGCCACCGAUUGUUGCAUCAAAGG